CAUUAGUCAAGUCAUCAGGGAAAUGCAGAUUAAAACCACAAUGAGGUGCCACUACUGCAUCCAUUAGAAUAGCUGAAAAACAAAAUGAAACGAAGCAAAACAAAACCCAAACUGACCACACCAGGUUGGCAAGGAGGUGAAGCAGUUAUAUUGCUGAUAUGAAUAUAAAACCAAUUUGGAUAACAGUUUGGCAGCUCCUUCAAAAGAUAAACACGUAUCUAUUAUAUGAUCCAGACAUUCUACUCCUAGAUAUUUACCCAAUGGAAAUUAAAACAUGUCCACCCAAAGAUUUCUACACAAAUGUUUAUAGCAACUUUAUAAUAGCCCAAAGCUAGAAACAACCAUAAGGUCUACCAAUAAGUGAAUGGAUAAAGAUAUUGUGGUAUAUCCAUGCAGUGGGGUAGUAUUCAGCGAUCAAAAGGAAUUCACUAUUGGUAUGUGCAACAACAUGGAUAAAUCUCACAAUAAUUAUGUUGAGUGAAAAAAUCCAGACAAAAGAGAGUUCAUACUAUAUAAUUUGAUUUAUAUAAGACUCUACAAAAUGUAAAGGAAUCUAUAUUGACAGAAAGCAGAUCAGUGGUUGCUGAGGAUUGGGGUAGAAGGAAGGAGGAAUGGAUUACAAAGAAACACAAGAAAACUGUUGGGAGUGCUGGAGAUGUCUGUCGUAUCGAUUGUAGUAAUAGCUGCACGGGUGUAAAUAUGUUCAAACUUACCGAGUGGAGGCUCAGACCAGCCUGCAGAGCUGCAGCCACCCUUCAUGCCCUCCCUAACUUCCCUGCUGACAAUCAUGCUCCAGUUCCUACUUGGAUUCACUUUGGCCAACGUGGUUGGAAUGUAUCUGGCUCAGAACUAUGAUAUACCAAACCUGGCUUAAAAAAAAAGGACUUGAAGCCAGGAAGAAAGAAACCCCCUAGUCGAUGAGGCCGACUCUAGCACUGCCUUCCGGAUACACUGAUUCCACCACUCUUGAGGGCCUCCUUUACCAUCUCAACCAAAGUCUUUUGUUUUUAUCUCCAGCCUCAGUGAUUUUCUUCCUUGCUAGAUCCUGUGUUUUUUGCCUUAGAGGAAGCAAAAUGAGGCCCCAAGUUGAGAACUAUCAUUAUGUUUCUGAUAUCUCACCUCUUGCUAUCUCCUUCUUCCAGCUGAGUGGGAGGUUCUAAGACUGGAAUUACGGUGCUAGAUUAGUAAACAUGACCUUUAAUGAGUAGUCUUUUAUUUAUUUGGGAUUUCUACUACCUUUUGUCAAAAGAAAAAUUGAGGAGUUUGGUAUAGCAGGUCAAAUACAAAUAAUACUUAUUUCACAGAUUUUAGCA